CCUCCUGCAACUGCUGUCAUCGACCUUGAUCGAGUCCGUACAUCUUCAAAUAGUGCCACAUCUUCAUAGCCCACGAUGCACCGAGCUCUUUUGCGACUUCCUCUCCGAGCCUUGUCUCGCCAGCAACCCUCAAGAUCCAUCAUCUCAAGACCAGCCCUCGCUCCCCUUCCCUCACGACCCCACUGCUUCUCUGUCCGCUUCUCCUCCUCCCUCUCCCCCGGAUCCUACCAUGCCAUCGCCGACAACACAAUGGAUUCCCUAACCCGCACCCUCGAAGAACUCCUCGAAACCACUGAUUCCGAAGAAAUGGACGUCGAGUGCACUAGUGGGGUGUUGACACUCAAAUUGGGAAGGGAGCACGGGACGUAUGUUAUCAACAAGCAACCACCGAAUCAGCAGAUUUGGUUGAGUAGUCCGACGAGUGGGCCGAAGAGAUAUGAUUGGGAUGGCGGGAGUAAGAGAUGGGUUUAUGGACGGGAUGGGAGUUCGUUGAGGGGGUUGUUGGAGGAGGAGUUGAAUCCGAUCUUUGAGGAGAAGGUGGAGUUCGAGGAGGGUGUGUAGGACACUACGGACUACCUGAAUGGACGGAGACAACGGAGAGUGAAUA